ACUGCGUGCUUCUCCUUCAAUCAACGUUGACUUAAAAGACGGCCCUAGUGCCGUACUGUUCAUAACCAAUCAUUCCGUCACCGACGUUUUCUGCGUUUAUGGUGGCGGCGGCGGCGGCGGAUGCUUUGGCAGCCGGCGGAGACUCGUCGUCGCCAUCUGAUCUGUAUAAUAAAAUCACUGGACAACAAUCCUCCACCACCACCUCGUUAUCAUAUGCAGCAUGCGAUGUAAUCACACGUCAUCUCAUCUCAAUGCUUUUGGAAAUUUCCAAUUGGACCAACGAUCUCGCUAAGUACUUAGCUGGAAGUGAACAGUCGAGUGAUGAUGGUCACAAUGAGCGAUGCCUUCUUUUUUCGUCAAUAUUCUUUGCAAUUGACCCAUCACUUGCGCUCGCUCAAAUGUCAUCAGUUGCAUCAAAACACGCAUUGCUCAUAGCGCUCGGUGGAUUCUCCAUUGCAGCUCUUUUUGUUUGGUACAUCAAUAAAAAGGACAAAGACGGACGUAAGAAGAAGAAAGUGGGUGAUGUGAUAUCCAAUGGACUUCCAAAGACUGCAACAGCUUCUGAUGUCCAAACUGAAAAUGGAAAUGUGAAGAAAGCGAAUGGUCACGUGAAUGGAGAUGUUCAGAGCUCGAUUGGCGUCUCACAGAAACAGCAACAGAAAGAUGAGGAUGAGAAGACGCAGAAAAAGGAUGCUGUUCAGAACGAAAAACCAUCGAUCGACAAAAAACAACCAAAAUCACAAGCGCCAACUGAGAAGAAAGAGGAGAAAACUGUGGAAAUUCACACAGAAACUGAAGAGACUGAUCACGUGGCUGCAGGAGACAGUGGAGUCGUUUCUGAGCACAAGGAGCACGAUAAGAAGACGAAGCAGAAGAACGACGAACCAGUGUCGAUUGAUAAGAAGUCGGAAGAAAUUGAGGUUCCAAAGCAAGCUGGAGUAGUCAACGAGGAACCAAAAAAGCAAUCAGAGGAGACCGUUGUUGAAGAACAAUUUGUCAAGAAGGAAGAACCGAAACUGAAGUCCGCUCCAACUCCACUCCUCACAAUGCCAUCGAAAAAGAAGGUACUGGAAAACGAGCAGAUACCAGAAGAGCCGACACCCACCAAAAUGAACGACGCCACUUCACCACUUAGCCUUGAUAUUGCCGCGCAAAUGUCCCCAGCUUCAUUCUCAUGGAGCGAAGAGAUGGAAAAAAGUUUUAACGAAGAAGAGUUCAGAUUGAAUGAAUCGAGUGACAUUGAUAGAUCACCAGCUUCACCACUCAGACAUCUUCAACAGCAGCACAAUAAGAACAGAAGUAGUCAGAAGAGAAAAGGUGGACGAGUUAAUGGAAGAGAUGGAGUUCAUCAGCCACAGCAGCAACAUCAACAGCAAAAGAAGGAAGAGCAAGGACAAAUUAAGAAGGGUCAGCGACGAUUGACAAAAGAGAAAAGUGUUGAAGAGACACCAGAGAAGUCACAGAAAAGAGUUGUGUUGAAACAUCAUGAGAACGAAGCUGGAGACGCUGCCCACGCUCAGAUUAUCGAAUCUCCACAUCACGAGAAUGCGAGCUACGAGAAGAGCGAUUCGCCAGGAUUGGAUAGCCAGAAUAGCGAGGCUUCAUCUCAAGAUUCUGGAAGAGCAACUGGACCACUCGCAUCCCCACAUGAAGAUGGACUCACAACUGAAGAUGAUUUCCUUCCAAUGUAUGAAUUCGAGAUUCCAAAUAGUCUCGUUGGAUUAAUAAUUGGAGUGAAGGGAAAGACCAUCAAGGAGCUCAGUGUACGUACAAAUGUUCGUAUGCUAAUUCGCCAGCAUCAUGAGACAGACAAGGUCAAGACCCACCAAAUAUGUCAGGUCCGUGGAAAGAGAGACGAGAUCAAUCAUUGCCUCCAAAUGCUCCGUCGUCGUUUCCCACCAGCACGCUUCCCAGAACUCAAUCUUCAGCCAGUCGUUCCACCAGUAUUGCCAAACAGUAACUUCGACAUGCUGUCCACUCAGCCAACAUGGCUUACUCUUCCUGAGGACAUCAAGUGUGAAGUUGCCGUGUCGUCCAUCAUCUCGGCAUCUCACUUCUUCAUUCAACAACCAACACAUCCAUCGUUCGCUUCUUUGCGCCAUCUUGACAUGUACAUGGGAUCCUUGUAUGGAGAACAAUCAAAUCUUCCAGAACUGCCGAUUCCAUGCCAAAAUGGACUUCUAUGUGCUGCUCCAGUCGGAAAUGCUUGGUUCCGUGCGGUGACUGUUCAGUACUUUGAUGAGACGGACGAAGUAUUUGUGAAGUUUGUUGACUACGGAGGAUACUCGAAAAUGGCCCGACAAGACUUGAGACAAAUUCGCACGGAUUUGAUGUCUCUUCCAUUCCAAUCGACAGAAGUUAUGCUCGCACAUGUUCGGCCAGUUGAUGGAACAACGAACUGGAGUGAUGCCGCUAUGCAGAAGUUCAGAGCAAUGUGCAUUGGAAAAGUUAUCAAUUGUAAAAUGGUUGGACAGUCGCAUGAUACUCGUAUACCAAUGGUUGAGCUUUACAUGAUGUCCAAAGAUGGUAAAGACGCUCAGGAAGUUCGCUUCGAUCAAGUGCUCAUGAACUGUGGUCUUGCAAGAACCGCCGAUCCAUCAAAGAUGUCCCGUAUCACAGUUCCAGCGGCUCUCGACACAGAAUCUCGCAUGAAACGACCAUCAUUCUCGUCGCAAACUUCCCAAACCGCGGUUGUUUGCUAAAGUCGACUAUAUUUGUCCAUGCUUUGCCAAAUUGGUUGAGUGUGUGUUGCGAUCGAUGUUAAGAGGGUUGGGGGUUAACAAGUAUUUGGAAUUUUUUUUUUAGAAACGAUUCCUGUACCAAUUCUCUUUAACGUCGAUCUCAUCACUCAUUCUACCACCCCAACCAUCUCUACGAAGUAUCCAUUUUUCCAUUUCUCAUCAUCACAAUUUGCUUUUCUACCGUUUCCGACUGUUUCUUUUUAACCUGUAACACAAAAAGCAGUGCGUUUCAUUUUUAUUUGUCUCCUUGCUAACCUAUGUUUCUGAACCUAAUCAUUCAUUGUUGUAUGCAUUUCACGUAGUUUUACAUCCCAUCUUAAUCUAAAUAUUGCUUGGGUUCAGGCUGUAUACUCGCGAUAAUGCUCUCUUCUUUUUUUUUAAUUUCCCAAAGUCUGAGGUGGAGUACGGUAGUUUGUCUGUUUUCGAAGCCAAUAUUCCCAUCCUCUUUCCUAUCCUUCUUUCCUUUUUUUGGUAAUGUUAUUUUAUUUUCCCUCUAUUCCUUCCGUGGUGCCAAAAAUGGGCCAAAAUCAAAUAUCAAACCAUCACAAUAUAGUUGGCUGCUUUUUUCAUGCCUUUAAUCGUUAUAGAUAUCUUUCUAGGGUAGUUCACAAAAUGUGCCGUCGCUUUGCGCGUUUAUUCUUGUUUUCUUCUGUCUCUCCGUGCUCGUUUUUCAUCCUCGUCUCAUUUUUUAUAUCUCAAAAUACAUUCACAGAAUGAUUCCUUGUAUACAUGCACAGAAUGGCUGUUUUGUACCUACUGUUGUUUUCCCAAUCUGAACCGUUUUCGCAAUAGGCGACCCAUUAUUUUUUCUAUCAACUCGUUUUUAUUUUUGUUAGCUUCAUCAUCGUUUUUAUCCACUAUCUCCCAUGCCUCCUCUCCCCACAACAAACACAGAUCGUCUAGUAGCCUUUCUUCUCUCAUUUAGGUAAUUUCUUUUUAUUCUUUUUUGGUUUUGAGCCCCAUUUCCCUUUGAGCCCCGUCAGACCAUUUUACCAGGUUCUUCUACCUUUCAUAUCCCCUCAUCUCCACCUAUCACCCCCAUCUCUAUCCCAUUUUUUAUUUCUUUUUUUCUGUAAUUCCCCCUUCACUCGUUGUUGUUUUUAAGAAAACACACCCACGCCCUCUCAUUCAAUUAUUUUAUUCUUGUAAUUCUUAAAAUUACUUUACAUUAUGCGGAAAAUCAAUAAAAAGUAGAAAUUCU